AUGGUGACGUCCAAGAUAUCACGCUUCCGGCCGCAUUUCCUCUCUGCUGGUCUGUGUGGUGCAGCUGCUCUAGUGCUGUACGGGACCUUUAGAACCGCGAGGAUGAUUAAGAAUUGGUCGAAUAUGGAGCCGCGGUCGCAGCAUCAAGAAAUGGAAGAUUUCUUGGCUUAUAAGGAAAGACAAGCUUCUUUGAAAGCAAUGCAAGAGAAAUGA